UGUGACUUGAAGCUGCCGAUACAAAGCUACAAGCAGGACGCUAAGAUGCCGCUGAAGGAUGAUUUCAGCGUCCGACAGUCUUUAUCUACUUGGAAAUGGCUUUUGGACCCGAAUACAGUGCUUUGUGUCCGACGGCGUAUCUUCUCUCUGUUUGUUGCGAGUAUUGCCUCUCAAAUGCUUGUCGGGUCCCUCGUGGUCCUCCUUUUUCUUGGUGCAGCACACGGGCAAAAUUUGAUAGCCGCUUCGAACUCUGCCAACGUUUGCUGUGGCUUCUACUCCUGCUUAGGGGCCGAUGUCACAUUCUUCUGGCGGCAGCGCAGAGCGUACAGCAUCGUCGAGCAGUUGGAACUGUUGUAUAAGGAUGUCGAAAGGCUGGCCGUUACUAGUGAUGCGGUGCGUAAAACUCAAACUUAGACCAUUUUCGUGGGAUAAAUCUGCAGUCAAUUAGACUUGCCUAAUGUUGGCUCAUAUGAUUUUGUUUUGACUAAAUUACUAGGA